AGGGUGGCUCCAUAAUGGCUGUGAGAAAGGCCCUGGUGUGUGUGAGGAACAUUCUGCUGCUACUCUGGCUUGGGGUGAUUCUGUUCUCAUAUGGAUGGUUCCAGGUUGUGUACUCCCAACGUUAUGGUCCCCCAGAAGUGGUGAUUCCCUUGAAGGUAACAGGCACUGGAUUUGGCAUGAAGAAUAAAGAUUGGCUCUCUUACAGAAUGCAUUUUGGGGGCCAGAAUCAGGUCAUACACAUGAAGGUCAACAAGCAUUUUCUAUCCAGACACUUGCGAGUGUUUACCUACACAGACCGAGGCGCUCUCCUUGAGGACCAGCCAUUUGUCCAGAAUGACUGCUACUAUCAGGGUUAUGUGGAGGGAGACCCAGAAUCCCUGGUUGCUAUCAGUACCUGUUUGGGAGGUUUUCAGGGAAUAUUACAAGCAAAUGACGUUGUUUAUGAAAUAGAGCCCAAGGCACUUUCUACCACAUUUGAGCAUUUCAUAUAUAAAGUGGACAGGGAGGAGACACAGUGGCCACCUAUGAGAUGUGGAGUAACAGAUGAAGAAAUUGCAUGGCAACUGAAGUUUCAAGAUAGUGCUAAUUUCACUUUGAUGCAGAGUGAGUAUGAAGGCUGGUGGACCCACAGGCGGAUUCUUGAACUGGCAGUGGUGGUGGACCACAUUCGCUAUCUUCAUCACCAAAGUAAUGUCACAGCUGUACAGUAUGAAGUACUACUUGUGCUCAAUGCAGUAUAUCAGUUUUUGAGUCCAUUAGAUGUUGAUGUGGUUUUAAUGGGAAUUGAGGUUUGGACUGCUAACAACCCACUUUCAGUAGAUAAAAUAAACAAACUCCUGUCAGAUUUUUGCAAAUGGAAGGAAACCAGCUUGAGUAACCGCAUUCCCCAUGAUAUUGUACAUCUUUUGGUAAAGCGUUCCGAUGGUAUUCGUCUUGGCUUAGCCUAUGUAAAAGGCGUAUGUAGAAACACUUUAAAUUGUGGAGUUGAUAGUUUCAUGACCAAUGAUCUGUAUGAUUUUGCAUACAUCAUGUCACAUGAGAUGGGUCAUAAUUUGGGAAUGUAUCAUGAUGAAACAACUUGUACAUGUGGACAUAAAAACUGCAUAAUGGCUCCAACAAAAGCAAGUGCAACUAGAUUCAGCAACUGCAGCUAUGCUAACUUCAUGGACUGGAUGGGAUUUGUGGCAAGGCAAAAUUGUAUGUACAGGUCAUCAGAUAGAGGGAACAUCUUCACACCUGCACAGUGUGGGAACAGUUUGGUUGAAGAAGGAGAAGAAUGUGACUGUGGCACUUUACAAUUGUGUAUGAAAGAUCCGUGCUGUGAGUCCAACUGCACUCUCAGGCCUGGGGCUGCUUGUGCUUUUGGGCUUUGUUGCAAAGACUGCCAGAUCCUGCCAAAAGGCGAAGUUUGUAGACAAGAGGAAAAUGACUGUGAUCUCCCAGAGUGGUGCAAUGGGACCUCCCACCAUUGUCCAGAGGAUGUGUACUUGCAGAACGGGGUGUCAUGCAAGGGCGGUGGCUACUGCUAUGAAAAGCGAUGCAAUAACCGAGAAGAGCAGUGCAGGAACAUUUUUGGCAAAGCGGCCAAGAGUGCAGAUCAGAGUUGCUACACAGAAAUGAAUACCCGAGGUGACGGUUUUGGGAACAGUGGUUUAAUGAACGCUAAAUACAUAAAAUGUAACAUCUCAGAUACCUUGUGCGGGAGGAUUCAGUGUGAAAAUGUGAUAGAACUUCCCCAUCUGAUAAAUCAUUCUACUGUGCAUUGGGCUCGCAUCAAUGACUUCACCUGCUGGGGUACCGACUACCACUUUGGGAUGACCAUACCUGACAUUGGUGAUGUGAAAGAUGGGACAGAGUGUGGGGCAGAACAUGUCUGCAUCCAAAGGAAGUGUGUCCAUAUGUCAUAUCUGAUAACUUAUUGUUCACCUGAGACCUGCAAUAUGAGUGGAGUCUGCAAUAACAAACAUCACUGCCAUUGCAACCUGGAGUGGGACCCUCCCAACUGCCUGGAAGAAGGCAGUGGAGGUAGUAUAGAUAGUGGGCCACCCCCUCGAAACAAAAGGAUUAAAAUUUGGCAAAAGAAUCAUUACCUGCUACUACUCUCAUUGAUUCGUUUUAUUUUUUUAUUAUGCUUGCUAAUUUUUGGGUUUUUAACUUCCACUACAGCCAUAAUUGAAAAGUAG